UCAUGUCGUCGGUGAGGCUGGAAGGCGAAUUGCUCGCGCGGGAUGAUUGGUGAGGUGUUCCACUGACCGCGCCCUCUUUUCGCGUCCAUAACCGCUACGUUACCGGGAGAACGCGCAUAGAGCGGCAGAUCUGCUGUGGCGUUUCAUGCAGGUUGAGCGGCUUGACGCGCUCACGCGGCCGUCGACUGUACGGCAGUGAAAGGGGAGGGCAAACGCAGCAUUUCGCGUCUCUGGACUAUACAAAAGACAAACGAACAAUUUACAGUGAGAAGUGGGGAUAAAGCGCGCUCACUUUCAGCCACAAACACAGAGGCCUGGUCAGAGGAUUUCUGGUGGUGACGUCUUGCCGGUGGAAUGCAGAUGCACUUCUCUAAGGGGAGCUGAGGUUUGCUGUGGAAAGAAAUCAUGUAUUUGACCUACUACCCACAAAACGAAAAUUACAACCGCAGCAGUAAUCCUACUUUCACCAGAGGGUGAGAUGCAUAAAUCGGUCUUUUAACAUGUCGAGUCAACUAGAUUUUUAGGGCAGUUUUAGAUUUCAAAGCACUAAGUACCGUGUGAGUUUUUUUUUUUUCUUACAUGGUCUUUCAGAAGUGUUCCUCAAUGGAGAUACUCAGAAGAGAAUCAAGAUGGAGAAUCUAGUGAAAAGAAACUCUUAAAUAUUGUUAUUGCUUUUUAGAAAACUGGGACCUUACCAAUUCUGCAGUGCUAUUUUGGAAAAGGCCAGAUAUAUUAAUACGCUAGACUGGGAAUAAAUCUCUCCUCUGCAGUGGAUUAAGAGAAACGGAACAUUAGAAAAGGAGGAUUAGGAGCACACUUGGAAGAUGAUGACACGGAAGUGGAGGUGCGGCGCGAAGUUCUCGCGGGCCUCCUUUUGGCUGGGGCUCAUGGUGGCCAUAGCUAUCACUGCAGCUCUGGAGUUUGAUGGUCUGCCGGGUCAGUGGGUUCGCUACGGACCCUGGGAGGCGGGAGCCACCGGAGAGCUGAGCUUCACCAUGAAGACGAACAUCAGCAAAGCUGUAGUGCUGUACCUGGAUGAUGGCGGCAACUGUGACUUCCUGGAGCUCCUGAUCAACGAUGGCCGUCUGCAGUUGCGCUUCGCCAUCCACUGCGGCGAGCCGGCCUCGUUGCACAUGGAGACGCACAUCAACGACGAACGCUGGCAUCGCGUACUGCUCACGAGGAAUUACCGUGAGACCAUGCUGGCGAUGGAUGGGGAGAGCAAAGUGGUGGAGGUGAAGUCCAAGCGAAGGGAAAUGAUGGUGGCCAGCGACUUGUACGUGGGUGGGAUCCCACCGGACGUACGUCUCUCGGCCCUCACCUCCAGCACGGUCAAAUACGAGCCGCCUUUCCGAGGCCUGAUCGCCAACUUGAAGUUAGGAGAGACUCCUCCCGCUCUCCUGGACAGUCAGGGCGUGAAGAACGAUCUGGAAUACCUGUGUACCGAACAAAACCCCUGCAGCAACGGAGGACGCUGCUCCAUUCAUGACAGUGAGGUGCUGUGCGAUUGCUCCAAUACUGGCUACAAAGGGAAAUACUGCACUGAAGCUCUCCAGCAAGUUUUAGGAGGUCUGGCGCACCUGACGUUAAAGAGCCAAGCCCCAGGAGCAGCUCCUCUGAUGGCCACUCCUGCAGCAGGUGAUCCAGAAUCAGGCCAAGUGGAGUCAGUGGCCACGUUCAAGGGUAAUGAGUUCUUCAGCUACGACCUGUCCCAAAAGCCCAUCCAGAGCAGCACAGAUGAAAUCACCCUGUCCUUCCGAACGCUGCAGCGGAAUGGCCUCCUGCUCCACACCGGCAAGUCUGCCGACUAUGUCAACAUGUCUCUGAAAAGUGGGGCCGUGUGCCUGGUCAUCAACCUGGGCUCCGGUGCCUUUGAGGCUCUGGUGGAGCCGUCCGACGGCAAGUUCAACGACAAUGCCUGGCAUGCAGUCCGUGUGUCCCGCAACCUACGUCAGCGCGCAGGGGUUGGACUCCCUACGGUGACGAUAUCGGUGGACGGCCUGCUGACAACCACUGGCUACACCCAGGAGGACUACACCAUGCUGGGUUCAGAUGAUUUCUUCUAUGUGGGCGGCAGUCCAAAUACCGCAGAUCUGCCCGGCUCCCCUGUGAGCAACAACUUCAUGGGCUGCCUUAAAGAUGUGGUCUACAGCAAUAAUGAGUUCAGACUGGAGCUCUCCCGCCUGGCUGAAUUGCGCGACCCCAGGGUCACCAUCCACGGUGACCUGACCUUCCGCUGCGAGGAUGUCGCCGCAUUAGACCCCGUCAGUUUCGACACGCCGACUGCUUAUGUAACCCUUCCGCACUGGAACGCAAAGAAAGCCGGUUCCGUGUCCUUCGACUUCCGAACCACCGAACCCAACGGCCUCCUGCUGUUCAGCCACGGGCGGCCACAGAGUUCCAAAGAUCACAGACCGAAGGUGGACUUCUUCGUCAUGGAGCUGCUUGAAGGUUUCCUCUACCUGCUCAUGGACAUGGGCUCCGGGAGCAUCAAGAUGAAAGUCGGGAACAAAAAGGUCAAUGACGGAGAAUGGUGCCACGUGGAUUUCCAGAGAGAGGGCAGGAAAGGCUCUAUCUCCGUCAAUGGCCGCAGCAUGCCGUUCUCCACCAACGAGGGCAGUGAGAUUCUGGAUCUCGAUGGUGAAAUGUUUCUGGGGGGUCUGCCGGAGGACAGCGGCAGUCUUCCUCUCCCCCCAGAGGUGUGGACCGCCCGCCUCAGGCUGGGCUUUGUGGGUUGCGUGCGGGAUCUCUUUAUAGAUGGGCGCAGCAAGGACCUGCGGCGGUUGGCGGAGCUUCAGAGCGCUCCAGGUGUCAGCAGCUUCUGUACGAGAGAGACCCAUCGGAGGUGCAGCUCUGAGCCCUGUUCCCACGGAGGCCGCUGCCGCGAGGGCUGGAAUCGACAUGUCUGCGACUGCACUGGUACUGGAUAUCUGGGCCCCAACUGUGAGAUGGAGUCCGCAGUGCUGAGUUAUGACGGCAGCAUGUUUCUGAAGGUCCUGAUGCCUCACGCCGUUCACACUGAGGCUGAGGACGUGUCUCUGCGCUUCAUGUCGCAGAGGGCUUAUGGUCUGCUCAUGGCCACCACCUCCAAAGAGUCCGCCGACACCCUGCGCCUGGAGCUGGACGGGGGAAGGGUCAGACUCACCGUCAACCUAGAUUGUAUCGGGAUAGACUGUAACCUUAGUAAAGGACCGGAGACUCUGUUCGCAGGGCAUAAGCUGAAUGACAAUGAGUGGCACUCUGUGAAGGUGGUGCGCCGUGGGAAGAGCCUGCAACUCUCUGUUGACAAUGUGACCGUGGAGGGCCAGAUGAGCGGAGCACACACGCAGUUGGAGUUCCAUCACAUAGAGACGGGCAUCAUGACCGAGCGGCGCUUCAUCGCAGUCAUGCCUUCCAACUUCAUCGGCCACCUGCAGGGCCUCUCUUUCAAUGGCAUGCCGUACCUAGACCAGUGCAAGAAUGGUGACAUCUCCUACUGUGAGCUCAAUGCCCGCUUCGGCAUGCGCCGCAUCGUGGCAGAUCCCGUCAGCUUCCGGAAUCGAGCCAGCUAUGUGUCGCUGUCCACCCUGCAGGCUUACGCCUCCAUGCACCUCUUCUUCCAGUUCAAGACCACCAGUCCCGACGGUCUGAUGCUGUUUAACUCUGGAGACGGCAGUGACUUUAUCGUGAUCGAGCUUGUGAAGGGGUACAUCCAUUAUGUUUUUGACUUGGGCAAUGGGCGGUCCCACAUGAAGGGCAACUCCGACAAGCCGCUCAAUGACAACCAGUGGCACAACGUGAUGGUGUCCCGCGAUGACAGCAACGUGCACAUGCUCAAGAUCGACUCCCGCACGGUCACGCAGCACUCCAAUGGAGCCCGCAACCUGGACCUCAAAGGAGAGCUGUACAUUGGAGGUAUUGGGAAGAGCAUUUACAACAGUCUGCCCAAGCUCAUAGCAUCGCGGGAUGGCUAUCAGGGCUGCCUGGCCUCAGUUGACCUGAAUGGCAGGCUUCCUGACCUGAUCGCAGAUGCUUUGCACCGUGUGGGGCAAGUAGAGCGAGGCUGUGAAGCCGGCCCUGGCACAACCUGCACCGAGGACUCCUGCUCCAAUCAGGGAGUGUGUCUGCAGCAGUGGGAGGGGUUUACCUGUGACUGCACCAUGACGACAUACGGAGGUCCCCUCUGCAGUGACCCUGGGACCACAUAUAUUUUUGGGAGAGGAGGAGCGCUCAUCACGUACACCUGGGCCCCCAAUGAUCGGCCAAGCACCAGGGCGGACCGUUUGGCCGUGGGCUUCAGCACCCAGCAGAGUGAUGCCAUCCUGGUGCAGGUGGAGAGCAGCCAGGGCCUCGGAGACUACCUGCAGUUGCACAUUGAACAAGGGAAGGUCAGUGUGAUCUUCAAUGUGGGCACAGAUGACAUCACCAUAGAUGAGCCUGCGGUCACCGUGAACGACGGCAAGUACCACGUGGUUCGCUUUACGCGUAGUGGUGGCAACGCCACCCUCCAAGUGAACAACCAGCCCGUCAUCGAGCGCUUCCCAACAGGGAACAUUGAUAAUGAACGGCUUGCUAUAGCCAGGCAAAGAAUUCCAUACAGACUUGGUCGGGUAGUUGACGAGUGGCUACUCGACAAAGGUCGACAGUUGACUAUCUUCAACAGCCAGGCGGCCAUAAAGGUGGGAGGUCAGGAUAAGGGACGGCCGUUCCAGGGCCAGAUCUCAGGCCUGUACUACAACGGGCUGCAAGUUCUAAAACUGGCCGCCGAGGGGGAUCCGAACGUGCAGGUGACAGGAAACCUGCGUUUGGUUGGGGACGCACCCUCCGUCCUGUCCACAGAGACCACCUCGGCCACCCCUCCAGCUGCGGCGGAUAUGUCCACCACCAUAAUGGAGACCACCACCACCAUGGCCACUACCACCACCCGUAGACAGCGCUCUCCUAGCCUGAAGGACAGUAUUGCACAGAACUCAGAUGACCUGCUGGUGGCAUCAGCCGAAUGUCCCAGUGAUGAUGAGGAUCUGGAGGAGUGUGAGCCGGGCACUGGAGGUGAACUUGUGUUGCCUAUAAUUACUGUGGACACCCAAGACCCCCUUCCCAUAGCCACCCGUUACCCCGCCAUCCCUGCCCCCCCCACAUCCCUGACCCCUCUCCAAACCACCAAAGAGUCCCUCGUUCUGUCCGACCUCCGCCCGCCAUGCCCUCCAGACCAGGAGGACUGCGGCGACCCCAUGGAGGUAUCGGCCUUCGGCUCCGGAGAGAUGACGGAGUCCGAUGACGAGGACUUUUACAAAAACUCCCCCAUGGUCACAGACAGGACGGUCCUACCGCCGCCCCCUGCCGUGGGCAAGAGCGGAGGCCAGAGCCCAGGUGACCACCGUCCUCCAGUCCCCGGCCCCACCACACACCCCAACCAGCUCCACAUCCCCGCAGGCAAAAUGAAUACCCGUGACCAGGUGCUCCUACCGCCCGCCCCGUCCUCCCGUCACACUCCAGGGUUAACCUACCCACCUGGUUUCCCCCAUGUGCCCACAGCUCACCCCACCGACCUGAUGGAGAAGGGCCACCCGGGCGCCGUGGAGGUAAUCAGGGAGUCCAGCAGCACCACAGGCAUGGUGGUCGGCAUCGUGGCGGCUGCUGCCCUCUGCAUCCUCAUCCUCCUUUACGCCAUGUACAAGUACCGCAACCGGGACGAAGGUUCUUAUCAGGUGGACCAGAACCGCAAUUCAGGAUCCGAAAGCAACGGCGCCGUAGUCAAAGAGAAGACGCCGAGCACAACCGCCGCCGUCGCAAAGACGACCGCCAAGGGCAAGAAAAAUAAAGACAAGGAGUAUUACGUCUGAGAGAGACAGAGGAGGAGGUUCACAGACAGGAAGUGUGCUGAGGAUUUUAAAACUUCAAAUCACCUCCUCUGCAUCCUCAAACAUUUAAGCCACACAAUCUUCUGUUUACUUCUCCAAACGUUUUUCUGCCAACCGAAAGAUACGGACGUAGGGAAUGAGGAGGAAGGAACACUGACCGAUAGAUCCUCCUUUCGUUUCUGUCUUGCGAAGUCAUUGUUUUAUGUAAUUUUAUCUCUAUCAUGUCUAAAGAAAAUCUUCCAUUACAUUCCAAAUGAUGUAAUGCCCUCUUUGCAAUUAAAAAUUUAUGUUUUGUGGGCCUCUAUGGGAGAGUAACCAACACCAUGGACAGGGAGAGAAAACCCACCGGUUUAACAGAUGUAUCCACACACGAGCUUUUGGUGCUAUUCCUGAACGUUUGUUUAAUAUUAUCUUCACAGAGCUAUGAAAUUGAGAUCUUCUACGAGGCGGUCGUUGGCCCUUGUUGUAAUAAUUCAUGAAGAACAGAAGCGAUUGUGUUAGUUAUUUGCACGAGACAAGCAGAUGCUCCCAUCAGUUCUUGUGGAGAUGUUAAAUCUGACACCUUUUUCGUGUUCAGUUGGAAAGGCGGUGGAUAGCAUCGCAUUUUCUGACUGAGCCUGAAAAACCCGGAGAGUCUGAAUUCGUUUACACUCUGGUAUCUUUUGUCAGUGUAGAAAUUAGGAUUUAUCUGUCUCUGCCAUGAAACACAUGAUUCUAAUUCUUUCUUUGUUGUUUGUCCGCCAUGGUUUCAUAAACACGUUCUCGCUUAGAAUCGCAGAUCAGACGGUGAAGCCUGCUUUGACAGCAACACCUCCACUAGCAGCUCAGAAGGUUGUUAGAACUUUAAAAAGCCAGCGAAAGGCAUUCAGCAGGCAUCUUUCUCUCUCUCUCUCUCUCUCCAUGGUGCCGAAACAUUGUGAUCUGUUAGGCUACUAAUUGUGUUCCAUGCAUGAUGCAUUCACAUUCAGCUUUCCAUGAGAGUUUUUUUAUAUGAAUUACAUAAAGUUGAACUCUCAUCUCACCCGGAGGGAUUCAUAGCACCAUGGGCGAGCACGACGCGGACAAAAGAGACCUCAGAAAGUGGGACUGUCCUGAACUGAACAUCAGCUUGGACAAAAGAUGUUGUAUCUAUGUAAAUACAGGACAUUGCUGAAAACGCUUCAGGAGACAGGUUUGUGUGUAUCGAGCAUACGGUACGUAUGCGUGUGUGUGCUUGUGUGUGUGUGAGUGUUUGUCCUCGUUCGUCCUCCGGCAUGAGAAAGAUAUACGCAAGACUACGAGAACCCUUUCUCUUGCCUCCUAUAUUCUCUAUGGUGUGAAACUACAGCCCAAUACCCAUCCGAAUGAGACUACAGACAGUGAAACAAACAGGAUAAAGAGAACGGAGGCGAAAUCAUAUUUUCAGAACUGUGUGGCAUCUCUUUUAGGAGGGGAAAAAAGGAACUCGUUCUCAUCGGGAUGCCAGCUCACCACCUCCCAAACCUAAGAAAGUGAAAAGAAGCGAACUGACAAGGCUUUUAUGGAUAAAGCAGCACAACCUUGUGUCCAGACUUUUGUAUCUAAUGACACCUCCUGGAAAGGAGGAAAAAAGGAAGAAAAAAAAACUGUAUACCGUCUAGAUAUUUCUCACACUUGAAAAUAUGUUUUUCCUGAAUUGACGUUCCUUGUUAUUACAAAGAGGUUUUUGUUUAGUCCUUUCUCUGCAAAUGAAAAAAAAAUGUUAUUCACAAUAUAUAUUACUUCAGUAACACGAAGUGAUUUUCAAAUGUGAAAUUCUGGGGGAAAAAAUAAUAAUAAUGUUUUGGGAUUUUAUUGAAUUUGGUAAAAGAUGAAGCAUUACACCUAGCCAUACCUCCAUUUUACAUUUGGGUUUUUUGUUACGUCAUUGACAGGGCUUUUUCUGUUUGUGUUUUUGUUUUGUUUGUUCUUUUAAGAUAUAAUUGUCAUUUACCUAUGCUGGUCAAAGUAUAUUCCCGUUCUUAAUGUAAUUGUAAAGUGUUACUGUGAGAUGAAAUCUAAAUAUGUGUACAUUGACAGAGGGAAAAAUACACUUGGUUCUAUACU